CUUUCUCUUCUUCUCAUUCGUCGUUGCUGGUGCCCACGCUAGUUCCCUUUUCUGGGGACCGCCCAGCUUCGUCACCUUGCUCACCUUGUUUCUUAUUUACUAUUCGUCUUCCGGCCCGUCCUCCCUCUCCCCCCCAAGCGCUCCGCCGCCCUCUGGUCCUUGUCGAGCCGGCCCCGGUGCCUAUUUCUCUUUGUCAUCAUGCCGCCUCAGCUGCUACCGGCCUCGGCGGCCGCCUUUGCUCCGCGCGCAUCCUCGGUGAACGUUGUGUUGGGCUCGAGGGUUGAGCCUUGGCUCACCCAGACUCUCAAGCGCAUCAACAAGAUCAAGCGCCCACUCAACAGCGUACCACAACACCAGAGAUGUCUGACGGAGACUUUAUCGUCACCAAAUGCCAUCUGGACACUGGCGUCCCUGCUGCUCCCUAAGGCGCCGGAAUCAGAACUGAGGAAAGACGCCAACCCGCUGAUCGAGGCCCUGUUCAACUACCAGGUCAUCCACCUGGAGGCCUAUAUCGUCCACGUCGACAUGGUGCUGAGGAACGAGGUUGCGUACAAGUUGACACCGGAGACAAUCGAGGCGCUCAUCGAGUACCACAAGGACAUCCACUGCAUCAACGCCAAGGCCAACACGUACGACUGGUCCGAGAAGGAGCAGCAGUGCAAGAAGCUGCACGAUGACUUUGUCCAGGCCAUUAAUAAGUUCGUCUUCCGGACACAUGCGUCGGCGCUUGAGGGACUCGAGGAGGAUGGCGCGGGGGAACUGCUCGGAGGGAAGAGUGAAGAGGUCAAGAACAGCAUCUUAGGCCUGAUCAAGCCGUUGUUACCGCCGCCGCCGAGGAUUGUCGACGUCAUCCGCCAGCCAACGCUCCUGCCGAGCUCACCGGUCGGCGCGGCGUUGUGGUCUCAACCGUCACCACCGACAACGAUGCCGGCCCCGGUCGAGUCGUGGAAGAUCCUGCCGUCAAGCCCAAGCGUGGCGUCAACAGCGGAUUCUGCCGGAUCGAUUUGGGCAACGAUCGGAAUGAGCGAGGUUCAACUACCUUCCCCGCCGCCGGCGUUCAGCCAGCCGUACUCGUCAGCCGGGCUAUACUACGGCUCACCUCUGGUGACGGCGCCUAUUCCCCAUCUUCCGCUGCCCAGCAUGCUUGCACCUCAAUGCGGAGUCAGCGUGGGAUACAACUCGUUCGGCUGGGACAGGUACCAAGAGUACGCGACAACCAUGUGACAAUCACCACCGGCGGUCUACGAAACAAGUUACCCGGCCGUGACGAGGUCCCCGUGAGCGCACCAGCAGAAGCGCGGCCGGUCACAAGUGACUCCGUGGGCCGCCAAGCUGACUUUCAGCGCAACGAUGGUGAUACCCCGUCAGACACAUACCUCGUCGGAGGCAUUUCGGCAAUUCCUCACUUCCAUGGGCAUGGAGCGACACAACCUUCAGCAUACGAAUCCCUUUCGGUGCAUAUCUCUGGUCGGUUUUGUUUUGCGGUCAGCGAGCGACGGGUCUCUUCUUUCCUCCUUUUCUCUUU